AUGAGUGAACUGGACGACCGCUACGAACGUGGUCAGGAAACGCGGAGGAUGUUUGGCGGCGGGCAAAUCACCGGCGGGUCGUCGCCGGGAGCAUGGGACAUCGCACCGGACCUGGAGAGGAUACUUGGCGAGGGCCUGUUCGGCACCAUUUGGAGGCGUCCGGCGCUGACGCCGGUGCAGCGGGAGAUGAUCACCCUGUCGUGCCUCAUAGUAAUGAACCGCGAAGUACAGCUGAAGCGGCACUUGGGCAAUGCGCUGAACAUAGGACUGACGCCGGAACAGGUCGUGGAACUGAUCAUUCACGACACCUGGUACAGUGGAGCGCCGGCCGGAAUCCAGGCCUUGACGCUGUGCAAGGCGGUUUUUGACGAGCGCGGGAUAGACUUCACGCCAGCCCGCAUCCACGACGGCAAUGAAGACCCCGACAGCCUGUUCCAGCGGGGCGAGGAGUACCGCCGCAACUACAUGGGAACCGGCGGCCCGGCCCGGCCGGCUCCCCCUACUCAAGCUGAGGUGGAGUUGGGACGUACUACCGGAGAAUACUACUGGGGAGCUACCUGGACGCGGCCAGGGCUGGACCUGAACAGCCGCUGCCUCUGCACCAUGACCUGCCUGGCGACCCUGGGCCGCCAUGGUCCCCUGCGGGGCCACAUCCGUGGCGCCCUGAACAUCGGGUAUACGCAGGACCAGAUUAUCGAGGUGUUCGGCCACAUGACGUUAUAUGCCGGAAUACCCUUCGCCCGGGAAGCGAUGGACAUUGCCAACGAGAUUUUCACCAGCGCGUGA